CCUAGACUUCGAUCGUGAUGGCCUGACAAAGAUGAAAAAGGCUGUCAAGGCUAUUUACAACAGUGGGAACGCCCAUGUGGACAAUGAGAUCUAUCUGUCCAAAGCACUUGAGCGAUUGGGAACCAGUGCUAACAUCAAAGACCAGGAACCUGACAUAAGUACUGCAUUUAUAAAUUUCUCAAUUGUGACCAAAGAACUUACGCAGUUGAUGAAGAUUCUUGUAAGUCUCAUAUUCACGUUUUUACUUCAUAUGGGCUUCAUUUAAGUGUGUUAAUCUUUCACCUGA